AGUAAUGAUCAGCUGUCUUCUGGGGAGUGGUUGACUACGAAAGGGUGUUUUGGUGGUUUUUUUUCAACUUACCCAGGUAAAUUUACGUUCCGACCGCGUCAAUCAACACACAAGUUUCUCUAUUAUUUUAGAAAGGAAGACGACUCGCGUAGCAUCUGUAGCACAAAAUCGUCGUUUUGCUGCAUACCACCAGAUAAGGAAAUGACGGAAUAUUGGUUAAUAUCCGCCCCAGGUGAAAAAACCUGUCAGCAGACAUGGGAGACGAUGAACAAUCUUACAAAUAAGCAGAAUAGUUUAUGCGUAAAUUAUAAAUUUCAUAUUCCAGAUUUGAAGGUCGGUACCCUAGAUCAGUUGGUAGGUUUGUCCGAUGACUUAGGAAAACUGGACGGGUUCGUGGAACAGGUGACCCGCAAGGUAGCGCACUAUUUGGGUGAGGUUUUGGAGGACCAGAGGGACAAGUUGCAGGAAAACCUGAUGGCAAAUAACAGCGAUCUUCCCACUUACCUCACUAGAUUCCAAUGGGACAUCGCCAAAUACCCAAUUAAGCAAUCCCUCCGCAAUAUUGCUGACAUCAUCAGCAAGCAAGUGGGCCAGAUCGAUGCCGAUCUAAAGACUAAGUCUUCGGCCUAUAAUAAUCUGAAGGGUAGCCUUCAGAAUUUGGAGAAGAAGCAGACGGGGAGUUUACUCACUCGGAAUUUGGCCGAUUUAGUUAAAAAGGAAUACUUCAUUCUAGAUUCCGAAUACUUGCAAACUUUGCUGGUAAUUGUUCCUAAAUCCCAGUUCCACGAGUGGAACACCACUUAUGAAAAGAUCACAGAUAUGAUAGUGCCCCGUUCGUCGCAGCUAAUCACCCAGGACCACGAAUACGGGCUAUUCACUGUAACUCUGUUCAAGAAGGUAGCAGACGAAUUCAAGUUGCACUCUCGCGAGAAGAAAUUUGUCGUUCGUGACUUCAACUACAAUGAGGACGAAAUACUGUCUGGCAAGAAUGAGAUCACAAAGCUCGUCACCGACAAGAAGAAGCAGUUUGGGCCGCUGGUAAGAUGGUUAAAAGUUAAUUUCAGCGAAUGUUUCUGUGCCUGGAUCCACGUGAAGGCCUUGAGGGUGUUUGUGGAAUCUGUACUCAGAUAUGGUUUACCGGUCAAUUUUCAAGCUAUCUUGAUUCAUCCCCAUAAAAAGAUGACGAAACGUUUGAGGGACGUGCUUAACCAGCUUUACGGUCACUUAGACAGUAGCGCUGCUCUUUCCGGGUCAAACGUGGAUAGUGUGGACAUUCCUGGCUUAGGAUUUGGCCAAUCAGAGUACUACCCGUACGUCUACUAUAAAAUAAACGUAGACAUGAUCGAGACUACAAAAGUUUAGACUCCAUAUUCCAUAACCUUAAGUCCAUAGGUUUACGUUAUACCUAGGUCAUAAAAUUUUAAACUCCUAAAGUACUGCAUAACUACAGUUGUUAGUAUUUGAAUGUUAUAUUCUGCCAAGGCACAUAUUUAUGAAAAGUAGGGCUGUUUAAAUAAUUUCUUUUUUGUCGAAAUAUUCUCUGAAUGUAUAUAACAGUAUUUUUGCAUACAUGUAAUAAAUAAUGUAUAUUGUGCAAUACCGUUUUAAUAUAGCGCGCUUUUGGGUAAACUUUUGACAAUAUUUUAAAUAAUGAGAAAUUGCGUAAUAUUUACAAUAGUAAUUGUAAGUAUCUUUUUGUUAUUUCAGACAGUAUUGAAUUUGUUGUACAUAAAGUGUAUAUACCAAAAUAUAUAAACAAUAAAUAAUUUGCUAUUAAGAUCAUUUUUACUAAAGGAGACAAUUCCAUUGUACUAUAAACUUCUCCUUAGUUGAACUUGUUAAAGUAGGCAUUAUGGUAUUAAGAGGUUAUUUGUUCCAUUGUAAUGUUGUUAGAAUAUUAAAAAAACUCAAACUGAA